UAUAAUAAAAAUAUAUUGUAUAUAUACGGUUAUGUAACAGGUAUAUACUUUUCAUCUAUUAACCACAGAUUCCCCUACGUUACUUCGUUCCAAGGAUUCCCAGCUUAUCGUGAUGCAAUAUUUACACGGAGCGUAGCAAGGAUGUCCAGAAAUUGUCGAGAGGGCACCAGUUCGAAGUUAUCGAUCGAAAUUUCCUGGAGGACGUUGAGCGCCCGCAAGAACUCAAAUAUGUAUAACGGAGACAGAAACGUGCCAUGAAGGAGUCUCAACCAGUUUCCCACUCCUCGUCAGUGAUUGCUGUCAGUUGGCAUCAGUCAGCAGGUGACUGCCGAGUGGGAAGGUUGUUGUGCGUCCCUUAAAAUCUAAGGGUGAAAUAGAGGAAGUAGAAAAUAAUCCUUAUCAAGGAUCGAUUCCUAACCUCUGUGCACUUUAAUGACUAAUUGGAUAACCAUCUAGACGUGAUGUGAGCCGUUUUAUUUUCAGAGCACAAUGCUGCACCAAAUAUAUAUGCGCGCCGCAGAAAGUAAUGGACUCAUGGUGGACCAGGUUAGAGCUCGCAGAUCUCGCCUGAGCCAGGACACCUGGAAGAUAUCGCAUCGUACCCUUCGAUAGAUGAGACCCUCCAGCAUCCCAGUGCCAGGCUCGGUCCAUCAAGAGCCGAACUAUCCGAACAGUUCCUGUCCGCCACGUUGGAGUGCUGAGGUUUCAUUCAGUUCUAAGAAUCCAGAUGAUGCUCGAUGGGUGCGCGAUGCAAGCCUCGGAAAGAGCGUCGGGCUUUAUAGGCUACGGGGAGAUCUUGGCUCCGGGAACUUCUCCAGGGUCAAAAUGGCAAUUCAUCAUCCGACCAAUGCCUAGUUUCUUGUUCGGUGUUUCAGAAAAGGUCGCCAUCAAGAUUUUGGAAAAAACGAAGCUCGACGAGAAGACCAGAAGGAUGUUGUCCAGGGAGAUAGCUACUAUGGAAGGAAUUUGCCAUCCCCAUGUUAUCCGGCUUUUUGAAGUGGUGGAGACUUAUGCUAGGAUACACCUGGUGAUCGAAUAUGCUCCUGGUGGAGAGUUAUUUGAUAAGAUAUCAGUAAAUGGAAAAUUUAAGGAGGAAGACGCGAAGAUCCUCUACUCGCAAAUUCUAUCUGGUGUCAAGUAUAUGCAUUCCCUGGGAUUUGUCCACAGAGACAUCAAGGCUGAAAAUGUAUUCUAUGCAGGACCAGGUCUCGUCAAACUUGGAGAUUUUGGAUUCAGCACUCGUCUCACAGAAGGUCCGGAACAGAUGCUGGAAACCUUCUGCGGCAGUCCGCCGUACGCAGCGCCAGAACUCUUUAGAGAUGAAUCUUAUCUAGGUCCCUACGUUGAUAUUUGGGCACUAGGUGUAUUAUUGUAUCUGGUAGUCACUGGGACUAUGCCCUUCCGAGCCAGGACUGUCCUAGGCCUGAAGACUCUCAUUCUCGAUGGAAAAUUUAUCAUUCCCGAUCAUGUUAGUCUACCCUGCCGAACACUCAUUCGAGGAACUUUAAAACAGACUCCACUAGAAAGGCUAAAAAUUCAGGAGAUGCUCGACAGUGAGUGGUUCAAGGAUAUUCCUUUACCUUCAGAAACUCCGCUACCCCGAUGUCUACUUUUGCCUACAAUUUCUGGUGAUCAAAAUCAGAUAUCUACAAGAGAAAAGGAAGCUAGGACGAAGUUAGAGAAGCUGGGAAUUGAUUCAACGCUCCUUGCGGCACAUUUGCCAAGCGGUCCGCGGUCGAGUGUCAUUGGUACCUACAGAAUAGUCAUGUACAAAUUAUCAAGGAUCACUCAGAAUCAUUCGGUGAAGCCAGUUGUGACAAGUCCAAAGACUCCGCCAUCGCCAGGGCCGAAAAAGGGCCAGAAGUCCAAGAUGUGUUCCAUACUUUGAUUUCUGAGAGUACAUAAUAUUCUUUUAUCCCACACAACACAAACAUCCUAAACUCAUCUUUAAGAUGUCUAAAGGACAAUUUCGACCUAUAAGACCUCCUCUGGUUAUCUCAAAGAUGACUUUAGGAUUUUGAUGUAGUCUGUGUACGUUUCCAUUUUUGGAGGAGCCGCAGUGGCGACAUCUACGUUCUCCAUAGAUUUUCAAGACUUCAGAGGACAGUCGACCUGCCGGACAGCGACUAUAUUUUCUGACAUCGUGUUUCUUUGCUCUGCUACGCUGGGAAGACUAGACACCAUAAUCAAUUGUUAUAAUUAACAUAGGAGUGGGCCCAAAAGUUACGGGCCAGAUCUCGGAUUCACCUAAUCGUGUCCUAAGAUUAUCUCUAUUACUCUGACGGGUUGUUAUACCACGAAUCUACUAUAUGAUCUAGGCGCGGGCGCCUAGUUCAAAACCAUAUGUACAAUACCUCAAAAAAUAUAUGGAGUUAGAUAAAUUAUAUAUAAAUAUGCGAUUA